AAUCAAGAAAUUACACAGUUCCCAAAAACCAGCAGGAUUUGCAAUUUGCAUUUUUCCUUGGACUGCUUCGAACAAUGUGGAUUAUCUUUUCGUUUAAAACAAAAUUCUGUACCAAGUAUAUUUCCACGUGCUGAAAAUCAAAAUCAAAGCUUGGAAAUAUCCAUGGAAAGUUGUCCUAAGAAUAAUGAUUUAAACGAUGAAAUGAUGAAUUUGGAUAAAGAUGUCAACGAAUACAUACUACAAACUCCGAAGAAGUUAGUUCGCUACCCUGGUGAUAUUGAUGACAAUGUUCUACAAACAAUGACACCAAAGACAAGUCAUCGUAUAAUAAAAAUGUUAAAGCAAAAGUGUCAGGAAAAGGACAAGAUCAUCAAACGUUGCAGAACUCAACAAAGUCGUCAGAAGAAAAAAAUAGAAUCUUUGUCUCAGUUACUAGCAGAACUAAAAAAAGAACAUUUACUUUCUGAAAAUUCAUGUGAUAUUAUGCAAGUAAGUUAAAAAGUAAACUCAUGUAAAAUCA